UCUCACUCUUUCUUUCUCUCUCUACAAAAGCUUAGCUAGCUCCAGCAGUGUACUUCAAUUCUCACUCUCACAUUUGUUUUUACACACACUUACACCUUCCACUGUGUGUAAAAAACUAUACCAUUUUUACCCCUCACAAAGUUCAAUUUUUUUUCCUUUUGUUGAUGUUCUUGAAUUUGUCACUUUUCACACACUAAACACCUUCACUCUGUGUAAAAAGUCCCAACAUUUUUAGUAACCCCACAACUUUCAUUUUCCUUUAUUGGGUGUUCGUAGCUAACAAUUCUCACACACUAACACCUUCACUGUGUGUAGAAAGUGCCAUUUUUAACCCUCACAAAGUUCAUUUUUUCCUUUUCUUUGAUGUUCUUGAAAAAUUGUCACUUUUCACACACUAAACACCUUCACUCUGUGUAAAAAGUACCAUUCUUAGCCCCCACAGAGCUCAUUUUUCCUUUUCUUGGGUGUUCUUGAAGUUAGCUAAAAUCCUCACCUUUCACACACUAACACCUUCAGUGUGUGUAAAGAGUACCAUUCUUACACCCCACAAAGUUCAUUUUUACUGUUCUUGAAAUUGUCAAGCUAGCUACAAAUUCUCACUUCUCACACACUAAUACACUCACUGUGUGUAAAAAAGUACCAUUUCUUAGUAACCCCACAAGCUCAUUUACCUUAUUGGGUGUUCUUGAAAUUGUCAAGCUAGCUACAGUUCUCCACUUUACACACACCAACACCUUCACUGUGUGUAAAAAGUACCCUUUUUAGCAACCCCACAAGCUCAUUUUGCUUUAUUUGAAAGUUUUUUCUUUCUUGGGUGUUCUUAAAAUUGUGAAGCUAGCUAUAAUCCACCACUUUUCACAUACUAACAUACUUACUGCGUGUAAAAAGUACCCGUUUUUAGUAACCCCACAAGCUUAUUUUCCUUUUAUGUGAAUUUUUUUUUGGAACCCUAGCUAGAAUUAGAUCCAAGAAUAUCCAUUUGGAUAAAAGUUGGUUGUUGGUAUAGUUUAGUGUGUUUUAUUUGAGUUAAUGGGGUUAUAAAGUGUGAAAAAAUCAAGAGAAUGGCUAGUUCUGACCCGAAUAAGCGUACCCGACCCGGUCCAUGGCCACCUGCACCGGAAUCUGCAGCAAUGCCACCUUCUUCUUGGGCAAAGAAAACUGGGUUUCGUCCAAAGUUCUCAGGGGAGACAAAUGCUAGUGAUUCUGGGCAAAUUGGGAUACAAAUACCGGGUCAACAGCAAUCAACCCGGAGAAGAGAGUCCGACCCGAAUUUGGAUCUUGAAGCGGGCCGGGUUAGGAGUAGACAAGAGAAGGUUAAUGGGGAAGUAGUGGGUGAAAGAGAGAAAGAUAAGCCUGUGAGGAAAAGGAGGGAUUCUGAUGGUGGUGGUAGAGUGGUUAAGAGUACUAAUGGACAGGCAGUUGGUACUGCUACUACUGCUACUACUGCUACUACUGCUACUGUUGCUGAGCCAGCUGGGGCGGCGGUGGCUGCUGCGGCGCCGCAGCCGGCUCGAAGAGCUUCGAGGAAUGAAGAUGUUGUUGAUGUGUUGCCACAAGUAGUUGAUGAUGAUGGUUUUAUGUCGAGGCAUUCACAUAUGAAAUAUGAACUCAGAGAUACUCCUGGUCUUGUUCCUAUUGGACUCUAUGGAUUUCAACAUUAUCUUUCAAUGUUGGGAUCGUUGAUACUAAUUCCACUUGUGAUAGUUCCAGCAAUGGGUGGUAACUAUGAGGAUACAUCAAAUGUGGUCUCCACUGUGCUCUUUGUGUCAGGGGUGACGACGCUGUUGCACACGUCAUUUGGCUCGAGGUUGCCUCUAAUACAGGGCUCUUCAUUUGUUUAUCUUGCUCCUGCUCUUGCAAUAAUCAACUCCCCAGAGUUCUUGGCAUUGGAGGGAAAUAAUUUCAAGCAUAUCAUGAAGGAGUUGCAAGGUGCUAUCAUAAUUUCUUCAGCUUUUCAAGCAAUUCUUGGAUACAGUGGGCUGAUGUCAGUACUAGUGAGGUUGAUCAAUCCUGUGGUUGUGGCUCCUACUGUUGCUGCCGUUGGACUUUCAUUCUACAGUUAUGGUUUCCCACAAAUUGGUACAUGUUUUGAAAUUGGAGCAGUGCAGAUAUUGUUGGUUAUUAUUUUCUCUCUUUACCUCCGUAAGAUAUCUAUUCUUGGUCAUCGUGUGUUUCUCAUUUAUGCGGUUCCAUUGGGUCUAGCAAUAACAUGGGUUCUAGCUUUCCUUCUGACUGCAUUGGGGGCAUAUAGCUAUAAAGGCUGUGAUAUGAAUGCACCAAUAUCAAAUAUAAUAUCCGAUCACUGCAGAAAGAAUAUCCCUAGGAUGAAGCACUGUCGUGCUGAUGCUUCACACGCAUUAAGAUCUGCUCCGUGGUUUAGAUUCCCUUAUCCAUUGCAAUGGGGUACGCCUGUCUUCCACUGGAAAAUGGCUCUAGUAAUGUGUGUGGUAUCCAUAAUUUCAUCUGUGGAUUCGGUUGGGUCAUAUCAUGCAUCAUCAUUAUUGGUUGCAUCCAGACCACCAACACCUGGUGUUUUAAGUCGAGGAAUUGGUCUUGAAGGUCUUUGUAGCCUCUUGGCUGGUCUAUGGGGCACAGGAACUGGAUCAGCAACUUUAACGGAAAAUGUGCACACAAUUGCUGUUACCAAAAUGGGAAGCCGCAGAGCGAUCGAGCUGGGGGCUUGUGUUUUAAUUGUCCUGUCUCUCAUAGGUAAAGUAGGAGGCUUUAUUGCAUCAAUACCAGAUGUCAUCGUCGCAGGCCUUUUAUGCUUUAUGUGGACAAUGCUUACGGCCCUGGGCUUGUCAAAUUUACGCUAUAGUGAAGCAGGAAGCUCAAGGAAUAUUAUCAUAGUUGGCCUGUCUUUGUUCCUGUCCCUUUCUAUACCAGCCUACUUCCAGCAGUAUGGCAUCUCUCCAAACAGCAAAUUGCCUGUUCCAAAUUAUUUUCAACCAUAUGUUGUGGCUUCUCACGGUCCAAUUCGCACCAGCUUUGGAGGGCUAAACUACGUUUUGAAUACAUUGUUAUCACUCCACAUGGUGAUAGCAUUCUUGGUAGCUGUUAUCCUCGACAACACUGUGCCAGGGAGUCGCCAGGAGCGUGGGGUGUACGUUUGGUCCGACCCCGAGACAGCAAAAAGGGAGCCUGCUGUAGCCAAAGACUAUGGGUUGCCAUUCAGAGUUGGCAAAAUCUUCAGAUGGGUGAAAUGGGUUGGACUAUAAGGCCCGGAGUUAUGAUUCGUUGCUCAAGAGUUUCAACUAGCAACAUUUUUUCAACCUCGACAGGAAAAAGUCCUCGCAGAAAAAGACUGAUGAGGCAACGUGGAAUCAUGACUUCUCCCCCACGCGGCGCUGAGUUUAUCGAGGCAAGUAGGUGUUACAGAGGGGGAGAUACUUGUUGUACAUGUAAUAUGAUGUUUGUAUAAACUGUAUGUAGUUUAGUUGAAAUGUCCAGGUGAACUUAUUUCUCUGUAUUUUUUUCUCUUUUGGCUCCCACUGUUUACAUUGAGAGAUUUGUUUUGGUUAAAUGUGGAGCUAUGUAUGUACCACACACACAUUAAUAUUAUUCUUUUUGUUACAUUCAAA